AUGAACUAUGAAUCUAUGCCACAUUCUCAUGCAGCAGAAGAGCUUCUGGAUAUGAUUGGGAGUGGCAAGGCCCAUGUGGCACAUGCUCAAAAUUUGGCGCAGGCUAUGAUUCGGGAUGGGAUUCCAAAGGAAGCUGUCUCUGCUUUUGCGAGCCUGGGAUCAUUUGGGCAGCAUCCUUCGAAUGCUGAGCGUGACCUACAUAGAUGGCUGAAAGGUAUCUUUGGAAUGUGCUUGGAACCAUACUAUAUAGACUUGCUACUUGAAACGGAGGAUGUUGAUGAGGACGCCGGGAAACCUUUGACGGCAACCAAAAGGAUUCCUGUUCUCCUACCACACGAGAUCUUCGCUGAGCUUCAUUCUUCAAGUGCGUAUCAGUUUGGUACGAGCAUGCUGGGGCACCAGACACCGAAUGCGAUCAAAGAAUUUUGGGAACAUUUGCAACGGUUUGCGCCGAUGGAUAUCAAGGGUCAUCCGGCUUUGGAGAGCUGUGAUCUCUCCGAGCUUGUGCCGCUCCUUGUUCACUUUGAUGGUGCAGAAAUGUACAGGAAUGCUGAGUACAACAUAUGGUCUUUUUCCAGUGUAUUUUCUUCUAUGCUGGAUGUGGAUUGCAUCCAAACUCAAUUCUUGUGUUGUAUCCUUCCUCAUAUUGCGAUGGAAACCAAGGAGGCCUGUGGGGGAUUCCAUUUGAACUUCGUAUAA